UUCAUGGUCAUCAUCAGCGCGCAUGCACCGCCCCCGGAUGGGGCUCCCUUUAAAUGCCCACAGCCUUCCCAUAACAGCGGCUGCAUUUGUGCGGAAAGAGCGAAGGAGCAGUGACAUUCCACCUCGUGUUUUCACCCGUUUAACUUAAACCGUAAAGAUGUCCACUCACGAGAAGCUCAUCAGUCAUGUGAUGAAGGAGGAGCCUGUUGGCUGCAGGAACAAGGUGACCGUGGUCGGAGUUGGCAUGGUGGGCAUGGCGUCCGCCAUCAGCAUACUGCUCAAGGAUCUGUGUGACGAGCUGGCCCUGGUUGACGUGAUGGAAGACAAGUUGAAGGGUGAGGCCAUGGACCUGCAGCAUGGAGCCCUCUUCCUCAAAACGCACAAGAUUGUGGCCGACAAAGACUACAGUGUGACUGCCAACUCCAAGGUGGUGGUGGUGACUGCCGGGGCCCGGCAGCAGGAGGGCGAGAGCCGCCUUAAUCUGGUGCAGCGCAACGUUAACAUCUUUAAGUUUAUCAUCCCAAACAUUGUGAAAUACAGCCCCAACUGCAUCCUGCUUGUGGUCUCAAACCCAGUUGACAUUUUGACCUAUGUGGCGUGGAAGCUGAGUGGUUUCCCUCGUCACCGGGUCAUUGGCUCUGGCACUAACCUGGAUAGCGCCCGUUUCCGUCACCUCAUGGGAGAGAAGUUCCACCUCCACCCUUCAAGCUGUCAUGGCUGGAUCAUCGGAGAGCACGGAGACUCCAGUGUGGCUGUGUGGAGUGGUGUGAACAUUGCUGGAGUAUCUCUGCAAAGCCUCAACCCAAAUAUGGGGGCAGAUGGUGACAGUGAGAACUGGAAGGACCUGCAUAAGAAGGUGGUUGAUGGGGCCUAUGAGGUCAUCAAGCUGAAGGGCUACACUUCCUGGGCAAUUGGCAUGUCUGUGGCUGACUUAGUAGAGAGCAUCAUUAAGAACCUGCACAAAGUUCACCCUGUGUCCACACUUAUCCAGGGCAUGCAUGGUGUAAAGGAUGAGGUUUUCCUGAGCAUCCCGUGUGUUCUGGGCAACAGUGGCCUGACAGAUGUCGUUCACAUGACGCUGAAACCUGAGGAGGAGAAGCAGCUGGUGAAGAGCGCUGAGACCCUUUGGGGCGUGCAGAAAGAGCUCACUCUGUGAAGAGCUCUUCUUUAAAACCUAAACUUUUCUGAAAAAUCACAACAAACACUGCGGUUGACCCCCUUCUACCAUACCUCUCAUGUGCUUCCCAAAGCGAGACUUCCAAAUAUCAUAAAGGCGAAGUGUUCAUAGCUAGGCCACUCAAAAGAUGGGUGUUACACUUUUAUGCUCACAUACUAUCAUUUUGCUUUUCCACCACCCACCUGUCCUCAUCCAUCUGUAGCCAAGAGACUUUUACCCCCUCAGUGUUUAAGGUCAACCCAUUUGGAGUAGAGUGCAUAUCUAUUUACUACUCUCUACUUAAGGAGUUUCAGACCGUUGCAUAUUAGUUGGAUGUAAUCUGUGUACUGUCUGUCAGUGUUUUUUGCUGUGUUUUCUGUACACUCUGAACAAUAUUUGUUAAUUUUGUGGUUGUAACUAGUCAUUUUAUUCCACUGGGUAAUCUCUGUUUAUAAGUGGCAUAACAGAGACAUUCCAUUCUCUACGAGGAGUGAUCACUACUAACUUACAGUCAUAACAACACCGCCACAAAUUGGUUAUCACUGGGCCAAAAUCCUGUGAUUCCAAAGUACUUUAAUUAUUUCAGUAACUGAAGUCCUCUGAAGCAAACCUAACCACAAGUGCACUGAAAUACAGGUACGAUUUAAAGGGGUUACUGGUGGGAUCCUGGCAUAGUUUAACCAGGGAGUCAGGGGAGACUAGUCAGCCAGCAUGUUUACCUUAGAUUAGGUAUAAAAAAUAAAAAAAACAAGAGCAAUGGUUCUGAGAUUGUUGUUUGCGCACAGAAAUACCCAGAAGUUUUAUAUUUAACUCCAAAGGUAAAUUAUAUUAUAAAAUAUAUAUAACGUUGCUGCAUUCACAUUUACUGUAUCACUUACAGAGGAACUGUUCCUGUCAUGGCAGCUUGGUAUCUUUAUUUGCUGUAGCAUCAAAUAAACCUGCCAGAAUAGUGA